AUGAUCCCGCCGUUUGAAACCACCUUUGCCGUCCCGCUUAGUUGCGAGGACUGCAUCAAAGAUGUCUCGACCUCGCUCUACAAACUAGACGGAAUCCAACACGUCUCCGCCUCGCUCAAGAACCAGCUCAUCUCCAUCACCGGCACCGCCGCCCCCUCCACCAUCGUCGCCGCCAUCCAAGACACCGGCCGCGAUGCCAUCCUCCGCGGCUCCGGCAAGGCCGAGAGCGCCGCCGUCUGCAUUCUCGAAACCCACUCGAGCGCUGUCUCGGAGUACGUGCGCGGCCUGAUCCGCAUGGUGCAGGUCAGCCCGACGAUGACACUGCUCGACGUCACUCUCAAAGGCGUGAGCCCAGGCUCUUACAACAUCUCCAUUCGCGAGCGCGGUGACAUCAGUCUGGGGCCGGAAUCGACGGGGAGUGUAUGGGAUUAUCUAGACGCACAGAAGGCGAGUCCGCCGCGACUGGCGAAAGGUGUGCUCGGCACGGUCGAGGUGGGUCGGAGUGGCAUAGGAGCAGUGUUUCUGGACAAGCCGAUUCAGAUCUGGGAGAUGAUUGGGAGGAGUGUGGUGGUGAGCAGGAGGGGGAAUACGGAGAAACACGAUCGUGAGGAUCCGGAUACCCUCGUUGGCGUCAUUGCGAGGAGUGCGGGGGUGUGGGACAAUGAUAAGACGGUGUGCAGUUGUAGUGGGAAGACGGUGUGGGAGGAGCGCAAGGAGCAGCAGGGGAGAGGAAUGCUGUGA